GGCUGGAUCGCCCAUCCGCGACCGAGCCGAUAGCGAACCAACGAUGGCAGAUCGUCCUGGCAAACCGAAAUCAAAGAAGAAGGAAAAGGAGGAUCUGCGUCGCCAGACUUCGCGCCAGGCUUUCCUCGACUACUACAGAGCUCAGUACGGAGAUGAGCGCUGGAGCCAGCUGCUGUUGGCGCUGGAAAAACCCACCAGAUAUUGUUGUCUCGUCAACAAAUAUGUCGAUCCCGAGGCACUGGCUGAGCGACUUUCACCGGUUUUGCCUCGCUUGCGACAAAUCGAUUUUGUCAGUAUCCCGUGCCUUCUCAUCGAGGACGACGAGAAUGAGGCUGCUCCAUUCCCAUCCCCCAUGAAGGAUAUGUCCAAUAUUUGUAGCCACUAUCUACUCGAUGCUGCAUCUGUAUUGGUUACAGAAGCUCUGGAGAUUUGCGAAAGCGACCGCGUUCUUGACAUGUGCGCCGCCCCUGGAGGCAAAUCUCUCUGCAUUGUCCAGCGACUCUCAAAUCAAGGCGCCCUCUGCAGCAACGAGGUCUCACCCGAUCGGCGCCGACGCCUGCGAACAGUAUUGCAGACCUACUGCCCUCCCGAUUUUAUGGAAAACAACGUCCGGAUAACUGGUUUUGAUGCCACCAAAUGGGCCGAAUAUGAACCCGGGCUCUACGACAAGGUGCUCAUCGAUGCACCGUGCUCGACGGAUCGGCACAUUUUGCACGACUUUGAAGACCUGCUCAAAUGGACUCCUGCGCGAUUGAGAAACGACUCUCACCGCCAAAUCGAGCUUUUACUGGCUGCCCUGGGCGCAGUCAAGGAGGGCGGCGUGGUUGUGUACGCAACUUGCUCGCUGGCCAAUGUUGAAAACGAUGAAGUCGUUCAAAAAGGUCUGGCCAAGCUACAGACUAUCAGGGCGGAGAUUGUUCGACGCACGUUCCCGAUCGGUGAGCCCACAACCUUUGGAUGGAUCGUUUUGCCAGAUAAUUCCGGCCGCUGGGGACCCCUGUACUUUGCAAUACUACGACGACUGGCCGAUGCAGCCUAGAGGCCAUUCCCGGCCUUCGUCAGACUCGAGGAUACAGCUGCAUCCGCGGCUAUCGGAACGACUAGCCAAUCGCAAGUAGUCUGCCCAUCACCGAAGCCAUGCCGAUCUAUCAUUGAUUUGCUACCAAUUGGUUUCGAACAUUCCUGUUGUCCUGAACCGCCCACAGCGAUGUUGAUGAGGGAGCGCCACCUAGAAUACACGACAUUGACGCAUGUUGAUAUUCUUGACUGGCGCACCAACUAG